AUGGCGGUCUCCGCCUUGACUCUUGCUGUUGCCACUCUCUUAAUAUCAUGGGCUAAGAGGAAGCUGUUGGAGACAAUCUACAGGAAAAGACACCCUUACCCACCUGGACCCAAGCCAAUGCCUCUCAUUGGUAAUAUGCUCGACUUCCCGGCGCAACAUGCCGCGAAGGUGUAUUUGGAGUGGGAAAAGACAUAUAAUAGCCCUUUACUUCAUGCAGAGGCUCUAGGGACCCAUGUACUUGUAAUCAAUAGCUUGGAUGACGCCAAUGCACUUUUCGAUCGGCCUGAACGCGCCAAGAUCUACGCUGACAAGCCUCAAAAACCUAUCUUGAAGCUGAUAGGCUGGGAUUCUAUAAACCUUUCUAUCAUGCCUUAUGGAGAGGAAUGGAGGCAGCACAGGAAGAUUUGCCAUCAAAAUUUCAACGUUCAGGCAGCACGGCAAUACCAACCAGUUCAAGCAAAAAAAGUUCGCAAUCUACUCCUAAAUCUUCUUGAAAAGCCCGAACAGUUCAAAGAUCACAGUAAGCUCUUCUCUGUAUCUCUCUCGAUAUCUGCAAUGUACGGACAUGACGUUGAGUCAAUCGAGGAUCCGUGUGUGAAAUUGGCAGAUGAUGCGCUCCAGCUUGGGCAGACGCUCUUAGUGCCUGGUGGGAGCUUGAUCGAUCUGGUUCCUAUCCUUCGACACAUUCCUGAGUGGUGUCCUCUGCUUCCUUCGAGGAAGGUCGCAGCCAAGGUGAACUAUAUGACCCAAGAAGUCUUAAAAAUUACGCUGGAUCAUGUCAAAGAAAGUUUUAAAUCAGGAACGGUUGUACCUUCGCUGGUAACAAGGUUUUAUGACAAAAAAUAUUCAUUUGGAGCUACUCAAGCAGAGGAAGACUUAAUAAAAAAUGUUGCAUACACGGUAUACGGGGGUGCCUCUGAUACGACAACUUCAAUUACAAUAACAUUUAUUUAUUGCAUGGCCAUUAAUCCCGACAUCCAGAGAAAAGCGCAGGCCGAGAUUGACAAGGUGGUUGGCUCACAUCGCCUUCCAGAAUUUGCAGAUCGGGAGGUGCUUCCAUACAUCGAAGCUAUAUACCAAGAGGUACUACGGAUGUGGGCCCCACUGCCUCUUGGUAUGCCACAUACUACCUCACAGGAUGACUAUUAUAAAGGCUAUUUUAUUCCCAAAGGCAAUAUCCAAACUCCUUUUUUUAGGGCAAUGAAUUAUAACAACGAAACCCAUCACUAUCCUGAUGUAUUCAAGCCUGAGAGGUAUUUUGAUGAAGACGGUAGAUUGAUAAAGGAAAAAGUACUUGCAUACGGAUUUGGUCGCAGGCAAGCUCACUUUACUAUUUCCCUAUCGUGUGUUGGAAAGCCAGUGGCUAGUUCUUCUGUUUGGCUAAUGAUGGUGUCGAUACUUGCGGCUUUCAACAUUGCCAAAUCAACCGACCACAACGGAAACGUGGUUGAGAUCGACGACGAUUUUGAGAAUGAUGGGCUACUCCUGUUGUCAACUUCUGUCACCCUGUCAGCAAUGUACGGAUACGAGGCUAAAUCCGUUGAUGAUCCAUGCAUUGUUCUGGCGGAUGAAGCGCUUAGGCUUACGUCUCAGCUGGUCGUUCCUGGAGGUAGCAUGAUUAACGAUAUUCCAGUACUCCGCCACAUUCCCAAGUGGUUUCCGGGUGCUUAUUCCAGAAAACUUGCCGCUAAAUCAAGAGCUCUGAACGAGGAAAUAUGGAGAAUCCCAAUUGACUAUGUGAAGAAAACAUUAGAUGAAGGUACCUUUUCACCAUCUCUAGUAGCAAAUUUCUACGAGAAAAAACUUGCAUAUGGGGCAUCUGAAGAAGAGGAAGUCGCAGUUAGAAACACCGCCUAUACCGCCUACGGAGGUAUUCAUCUAUUGAACAACGGUUGA